AUGGCGAGGCGAUCACAGCCGAGCACCGACUCGUCACCGACAUCAUUCUACUCAAGCAAGGAGGAGGACUCAGAGCUCACGUCAAAGUCGACAACUGCGAGCACUCCGACCACUGGCUCGCCAUGCCAGUACAGAACGGCACGGGAGCUGCCUCACGAGCUGAAAGAGCACUGCCAGAUAUUCCUCGAAGAACAAUUGUACACCUGUGCCAUCAACCUUCUCAGCAGCAUCCUCGGUUCCGGCAUAUCGAGAUCAUCACCGAGCGGCAAGCCUGUGCCCGUGCCGCCGCCGAGCCACCUCGCGCUGCUGAGCACCAUCGCCGUUCAUCCGCUGCACACAACGCGUGUCGAUAAACCAGAGCAUCUCGACGUCUCUUCUCUCGCCCUGAGCUACCUCCGAAACGUCCUCAAAGUGGUGGGACCACUUCACGCCGAUUUCCGAACCGCCUUCCAGUUCCGCUCCACGCCGCGAUGGAACCGUCGUGCAACAGGACAUACCGGCCAUGAUAGCGACAGCGACAUGUCUGAUGGCGAGUCGGAGAGCAACCGCGAUGCACUACGAGGAAGGAUUGCGAACGAGGGCAGCGUGUGGGCCAAAGGCCAGGAUUUCUGGUCUACGGUCGGGUGGGCAUUUCACUGCUGCACGCUGAUGCCGCACCGAUGGCGGUAUUGGAAGGCCUGGCUGGAGUUUAUGCUGGAUGUGCUGGAUGCCGACUGGGAGGAGCGGAAACGUCGCGAUCUGGAGGACUAUGAGAUAAAAGGACGCAUUGGGGAAGUGCCCACGAUAUGGCGAGCCGAGUCCAUGUUGGUCAUGUACAUGGACCAGAAGGACGGUCGCCACUCUGGGCCAAAGGCCAUCAUGAAGGCGCUGUUUGCUUACAACGGAAGUGUGUCUUCUUCAUCUUUCCAGGAGGUUUUCGAUAAAGAGCACAAAGGGCCAAGGCAGCGAGGGAAGAAGCGAAAGCGUGAAGCAGUCCUUGACCUGGCAAACGAUAAGUUUGGCGACUAUUUCGACGAAGACGAGUCUAUCUCCUCCGGCGUCUCCGAGCCUCCAACCCCUCAGAAGCAACGCACUAAAAGUGAAGCAUCGGGGGUCGGUGCUGGCAUGGUAGAAUCUAUUCAGCUGCGGCUGCGGCUAUUUAGGCUGCUUUCCGUAGCCACAGAUGACUUGGGUAAGCACACGGAGCUUAACAGGCUCUACGAGGAUUUUGCAGCCAGCAUCAAAGUUCUCCCUCUGGAUAUAUUCGCUCUCUUUGUCUCUCAUCGGCCGGACGUGCUGCUACGACCGUCGCAAAUCACCCUCACCAGAGAGCUUUUCCACCUGCUUCUCCCAUCAUCUUACAAAGAUCCCCGGAAGGUCGACCCGGAAGGUGAUUCGUUGGGCAGCCUGACGAUGCCUAUGCUGGAACACUGUUACGUCUGCUAUCCCGCUAAUACGAUCGGCCUGGAAGACAAUGCCAAAUUGUCGCUGCUGGUGGAGAGCGCGAUGCAGCUGCUCUGGCUCUGCGAUAUGAUCGAGUAUACGGACAGCUUCGCCGUCGCAGUCGACAAGGGCAUAGAGGCGAGGGCGAAGAAGGCACAGAGGAAAAGGACGGGCCGUACAAAGGCCGAUGCGAGCGAUUCGCAUGCUUUUAACGUGAUGGAGGCAUCUGCUGAUCGUAUACGAAUUCUCUUGGACGUUUUGAAUGCAUCGACUUGA